AUGACCGAGAAGUCUAAAGGUCCCAAGCCUGGGUUUUUGGCCAAGGAAGACAUCGAAUGGGAGUUCGGCGGGCCUGCCGGUGCCCUCGGCAUGAUGGUGGGCUUCCCCUUGCUCAUGUGGUACAUGUGGCUCCUGGCGCAAUUCUUCGACGGCCAGGCCGCGUGGCCGGCUCCCGGCCAAUCGUGGCUGGAUUUUGGUCACCAGUUGUGGACGUUGUUCGUUGACUACGGGUUGCCCACGUGGAAGGUCGUCGCUGGCUUUGCUGGCUUCAUCAUUGUCCAGGGGUUCUUCUACCUCACUUUACCCGGGGUGUGGACUAAAGGUCAGCCCCUCGCUCACCAAGGCGGCAAGCAAUUGCCUUACUACUGCAAUGCCAUCUGGUCGUUCUACACGUCGGUGGUGUUGGCGCUCAUCUUCAACUACACCGGGGUGUUUAAGCUCACUUACCUCAUCGACUACUUCGGCCAGAUCAUGACCACCGCCAUCGUCUUUGGCUGGAUCAUCUCGUUGGUGAUCUACAUCUGGCACUACCGCAAGGGCGACUACCAGCGGAUGACGGGCAACCAUCUCUACGACAUCUUCCUCGGCGCUCCCUUGAACCCGAGAAUCGGCAAGUACUUGGACUUGAAGAUGUUUUUCGAGGUGCGUAUCCCCUGGUUCAUCCUCUUCUUCUUGUCGUUGUCGCUCUGCUUCCGUCAGUACGAGGAGUACGGUAAGGUGUCGCCGCAAGCGUUGUUCUUGUUGUACGCCCACUGGUUGUACGCCAAUGCCUGUGCCAAGGGUGAAGAGCUCAUCGUCCCCACCUGGGACAUGGCCUACGAGAAGUUUGGGUUCAUGUUGAUCUUCUGGAACAUCGCCGGCGUCCCCUUCACCUACUGCCACUGCACGUUGUACUUGGCGUACCACGACCCCAAGGAGUACCUGUGGUCGACCACCUACAACAUGGUGCUCUACUUCACUCUCACCAUUGCUUACUACUUCUUCGACACCGGCAACCGUCAGAAGAACUCGUUCCGUCGCGCCAUGGCCGGCAACACCAACUUGCGCAAGACCUUCCCCUACUUGCCUUACUCUGACAUCGAAAACCCCAAGUACAUCACCACUGCCGACGGCUCGAAGUUGUUGACUGACGGCUGGUACGUGUACGCGCGGAAGAUGCACUACACCGCCGACUACACUCAGGCGUUGACGUGGGGGUUGAUCUGUGGUUUUGCCCUGCCCUUCCCCUGGUUCUUCCCCGUGUUCUUCUUCAUCGUGUUGGUGCACCGUGGUUUCCGUGACCAGCGCAAGUGUGAAAAGAAGUACGGCAAGGACUGGGACCGCUACUUGGAGGCCUGUCCGUACAUGUUCAUUCCGUAUGUGUUCUAG